AUGACAGAGAAACGUAGGAGACGUACAGGCUGCCUUACUUGCAGGGCACGACAUGUCAAGUGUGACGAGCGAAAACCCGAAUGUGAGCGUUGUGAAACUGGGAAUAUCGAAUGUGCGGGCUAUCUUCCCAAAAAGCAAGUUCAAGUACGCGAAUCUCAGCGGCGCGGUAACCGUCAUGGAGCGUCUUCAGCUCUGAGCAACACACAAUCUCUCUCUCCAGAUUUCGCAUCUUCGUCGGCGUCACUUGGAGAGGCACUCAAUUAUCCACAUCAUCUUUUUCGCAACGAUGGCCUACCGCUUGUGGGUUUGCCCAGCAAUCCGCGUCCAUCUCAACGACCACUCUCAGGGGCUCGAGAGGUAUUGGCCUAUCACCAGUUUCUCUUCCGCACAUUGCCAGUCCUGUUUCCAGCAGAUCAUAUGUGGUUCUGGAGAGAUCGCCUAUGCGAAGAAGCAUGGGGUAUCGAGUACCUCUACAUGAUGUUUUCUUCACUUGGAAGCAUGCAUCGCGCUUUGUUGAUGAUGUCGAUGCCGGGAGAGAACGACCAGGAUCGUGGGCUGGACACAAAAGUGAUUGCCAUUCAAUCAUACACGUUAGCUCUUCAAGAGUUGAGCCGCAAUUUUGAGGAGGCAAAGAAAAUUCAGGAUAUUCUUAUUUCGACGCUGAUACUAAUGGCCUAUUUCGAGGUGCGAACCCCGAUUCCACCCAAGCUCACUCAGAUGAUCCAAUACCUAACAGAGUUUGCUAGUGUCCCUACUGUAGACUGCCUCGACACAGCUCUUCAAGGUCUGAGCUGGAUGCGAUUCAUGGCACUACCUCUUCAAAACAAGAUUCCUUCAACACGACAGGCAUUCACAUGUAAUGAAGCCUGUACAACGCCCUCAUUUUUAAGACAAACCCUUCUUAAUCUCUUGUCUGAGUCGGGCUUGGAGGAUCUUAUUUGGAGUUUGGUACCGCGAUAUUCGAAGUCAAUGGCACUUACCAAAAUCCACUGGCUGCAGCAAAAAUUACGAGCAUGGAGAAACUCCAACAAAACAAUUUUGCUACCUUUGGCUUCAGACACAGCCGAUCCAGAUGAAGCAAACCUUCAAACCUUUACAAUCCCGCCUCUUCUCCACGAGACAGCAACACCAUACGAUGCUUCCGCAACUCUCUGCAGCUUUCUUUUGGGGCGAACCUUUUGGCUAUUAUCAAUACUCGAAAAUGGGCAAAACUCAGAGGCACACAAACAUUUAGCAUAUCUGCAUUUUUACGAAACAAUGCAGUUUGCAGCGACAGAAGGGGCCUUUAAAGCAAACUUGCCGAAUAGCAGCAGCUCACAGAAUCCAGCUGCUUUAUCAUGUGAAGAUGUUGAAAACGUUGCUCUGCCUAUGCUUUACGUAGUGGGACAAUGUAGUCCUCAGCCCUCGUGGCUUCUUUGGAUCGCACAGCUGAUGAAACAUGUUGGACGGCAAGGCCUAUAUGAUGGCCUCGUCUACGCUGCCAGCCUCGAAACAUGGCAUUCCUUUGAGGUCAACAACAGCCUCUUGCGACAAGCAUCGCUGGAACGGUACCCAAGCCCUGCAUUACGUACCAUCUCAGUACUGAUUCCGGACGCCAUCGGAAGUCACUUUAUUGCGUAUUACGCUAAGCCAGCCGGAAUAGACGGGCUAUUGAUGAGCAAUGGUGACUUAAUGUACUACCUUCUUGGUCAUACGCACAUAUCACAUCGACCUGCAGAUAACCAGAUCGAGCAGGAUACUCAUGUCUAUCACCAACAAGGUUUGGAAAUGGAACUAUUCACACCUGACUGGCUUCAAAGUCGAGCAAUCUGCCUCGAAUGGCGGCAACGAUCAUUACAGGUAGAAUUUGAGCUCGAUCGUAUCCUUCAAGACCACAUUAAUGGUGGUCAACUUUUGGUGCCCAUAAAAUACGAUUAA